GCGGAGCGGACGGCGGCAGCAUGAGCGGCUGUGGGCUAAUCCUGCGCACGGCGGCGGCCGCGCGAGUCUGUCGGGCUCUGGUGGCCUUCACGGAGAGCCGGCGCCCGCUGCGCACCAGCCCGCGGAGCGCGACUUUCGCCAAGGAGCUCUUCCUGGGCAAGAUCGAGAAGAAAGGAGUUUUCCCAUUUCCGGAAGUUAGCCAAGAUGAACUUAAUGAAAUCAAUCAGUUGGUGGGACCCGUAGAAAAAUUCUUCACGGAAGAGGUGGACUCUCGAAGAAUUGACCAGGAGGGAAAAAUCCCAGAUGAGACUUUAGAGAAUCUGAAGAAGCUGGGGCUUUUUGGGAUACAGGUGCCGGAAGAGUAUGGUGGCCUGGGCCUCUCGAACACCAUGUAUGCACGGCUGGGGGAGAUCAUCAGCCAGGAUGGCUCCAUCACUGUGACCCUGGCGGCGCACCAGGCCAUCGGCCUCAAGGGGAUCAUCUUGGCCGGCAGUGAGGAGCAGAAGGCCAGAUACUUGCCCAAGCUGGCGUCCGGCGAGCACAUUGCAGCCUUCUGCCUGACCGAACCAGCCAGUGGGAGUGAUGCAGCAUCCAUCCGGGCCAGGGCUGUUUUAAGUGAAGAUAAGAAGCACUACAUCCUCAACGGCUCGAAGGUCUGGAUCACCAAUGGAGGACUGGCCAGUAUUUUUACCGUGUUUGCCAAGACUGAGAUCGCUGAUCCUGAUGGCUCAGUAAAGGACAAAAUCACAGCAUUCAUAGUAGAAAGAGACUUUGGUGGAAUCACCAACGGGAAACCUGAAGAUAAGUUAGGCAUCCGGGGCUCCAACACUUGCGAAGUCCAUUUUGAAAACACCAAGGUGCCUGUGGAAAACGUGCUUGGAGAAGUCGGAGGCGGGUUUAAGGUGGCCAUGAACAUCCUCAACAGUGGGCGGUUCAGCAUGGGCAGCACAGUGGCCGGGAUGCUCAAGAGGUUGAUUGAAAUGACCGCUGAAUAUGCCUGCACGAGGAAGCAGUUCAACAAGAAUCUCAGUGAAUUCGGAUUAAUUCAGGAAAAGUUUGCACUGAUGGCUCAGAAGGCCUACGUGAUGGAAAGUAUGUCCUACCUCACCGCAGGGAUGCUGGACCAGCCCGGCUUCCCCGACUGCUCCAUCGAGGCCGCCAUGGUGAAGGUGUUCAGCUCGGAGGCCGCCUGGCAGUGCGUCAGCGAGGCCCUGCAGAUCCUCGGGGGCUCUGGCUACAUGAGGGACUACCCGUACGAGCGCAUGCUGCGGGACUCCCGCAUCCUGCUCAUCUUUGAGGGAACCAACGAGAUUCUCCGGAUGUACAUUGCCCUGACUGGACUGCAGCACGCUGGGCGCACCCUGACUGCAAGGAUCAAUGAGCUGAAACGGGGCAACGUGAACACAGUUAUGGAGACCAUUGGCCGGAGGCUUCGGGACUCCCUGGGGAGAACUGUGGACCUGGGGCUGACAGGCAAUCUUGGCGUUGUGCAUCCCAGUCUUGCGGACAGUGCCCGCAAGCUCGAGGAGAACGUGUAUUACUUCGGCCGCACUGUUGAGACGCUGCUGCUACGCUUUGGCAAGACCAUCGUGGAGGAGCAGCUGGUGCUGAAGCGUGUGGCCAACAUCCUCAUCAACCUGUACGGCAUGACGGCCGUGCUGUCCCGGGCCAGCCGCGCCAUCCGCCUCGGGCUCCGCAAUCACGACCACGAGGUCCUCCUGGCCACCACGUUCUGCGUGGAAGCUCAUCUGCAGAACCUCCUGAGCCUGUCUCAGCUGGACAAGCACGCACCAGAAAACCUAGAUGAGCAGAUUAAGAAAGUGGCCCAGCAGAUCCUGGAGAAGAGAGCGUACAUCUGUGCCCACCCUCUGGACAGGGUGUCCUGAGGUGCUGACAGCUCCCCCUCCUGCCGCUGCCCCCAGGCCAUGGCCAGUGCUGCACACCGCUGUCUCCUGCCAGGAGGUGGAGAACUUGGGGUUGCCCAGUUGGAACGUUCAUACCCACGCUGCACCUGGAAGGCUUUCUUCUGGCCAGAGGAAGUCCUGCCGCUGUCCAGCAGGAGCCUGGUUUCCACAUGGCGUGGGACGGCUGACACCUGCGAUGGUUUAGAAGCCACCACAGGGGACCUGGGGCUGUGCUGCCACCUUGCUGCCUGGGACUGGCAGGGACCUGUGUCAGGCAUGAAGAGCCCUUGCUGUGAGACCACAUGUUGACAGCUGCGUGUGUGUCAUUCAUUCAGACUAGGAGCAAAGUGCAGUGACAGCAUGUACCAGGAGCCAGGGAGCCAAGAACAUAAAACAUCCCGACUUGUACAGGACUUCGAGCUCUGGCUGUGCUCAUCACGAGGUUCCUGACUCCGCCUUUAGUGCAUGGACCACCCUUUGUCCUCAGCCUGAGCACUGAAGGGCUGGGGCCCAGUGCAGGGCUGCGGGGCCAUGGGCCAUGGGCUCCUUCUCCGGUGAUGGGGACCUGCUGCCCGGUGCACAGCAGCAUCCCCCUCUCCCGACCUGGGGCUGUGCUCCCCGCGUGCGCAGAGGUCACAGGGCGGCUCUUGAGGUGGCACCAGCGGUGCUGGCCUUCCCCUCGGGCUCCUUUCUGCUGCUGCUGGCAGCUGGGAGUGCUGAGGCUACAGAGCCUGCUCUGGGUGCUGCCCUGAGGGGGAGGCAGGCCCGGCUCGCUGAGUCCUCUGCGCUGUGAGACUGCACACCGGCCACUAGGUGGGAGCACUGAGUUGGCCUGGUGGGGCUGGCGUGCUCCCAGGGUCUGGGUAACUUUAAUCUUUGUUUUGUUUUUACGAUUUGUUCAUUUAUUUGAAGGGCAGAAUUAAAAAGAGGAACAGAGAGGGAGAGAGUAAGAUCUUCCAUCUGCUGGUUCACUCCCCAAAUGGUCGUGGAGCUGCACCAAUCCGAAGCCAGGAGCCAGAAGUUUCUUCCAGGUCUCCCACGUGGGUGCAGGCGCCUGAGCACUUGGGCCAUCUUCCACUGCUUUCCCAGGCACAUUAGCAGGGAGCUGGAUCAGCAGUAGAGCAGCCGGGAUGCUGGUCCAACAGGCAGCAGCUUUACCUGCUACGCCAUAGCACCGGCCCCACCGUAACUGUUUCAUCCUAAAGAGGAAGGUUGGGGGCCGGUGCUGUGGUGCUGCUGGUGAAGCCGCCACUUGAGACCCCUGCUUCCAUGUUGUGCUGGUUCCGGUGCUCACUACUUUGCUCCAGUCCACCUCUCUCCUGAAGCUCCUGGGGAAGCAGCAGAAGAUGAGCUUGGGUCCCUGCUGCUUAUGUGGGAGACCUGGAUGGAGUUCCAGGCCCUUGGCUUCAGUCUGGCCCAGCCUCAGCUGUUGCGGCCAUGUAGGGAGUGAACCAGUGGAUGGAGAUCGAUCAAGGGAUCUCUCUGUCUCUCUCCUUCUCUCCCUCUCCCCCUGCCACCUCCCUCCCUCCCCAGCCUUCCCUCUCCUUCUCCUGCCUUUCAAACAAAUAAAUUUUUUAAACAAAUAAGUUGAUAAAUAUGGUGACACUGGAAGUCAUGUCCCAGUGAAGCCGGAAGUUCUGCUUUCAGCUGGGAAGCAGCGGUGGCAAGGAGGCUCUGCACAGAGCUGUCUCCCAUGGACAGCGCUGUGGACAGGAGGCUGCACAGAGCCGGUGUGCAGGGGAGGCUGUGGAGAGGCUGUCAGACCCACCUUCCUCUGGGCAGCCUCUGAAACGGCUUCCGUCUGCACCCGGCUCAUAGAAGGCCCUUGUCAGCCCAGCUUCUCCGUGUGUCCAGGUGGAUCUAGGAGGCCCAGCGGCCAGUUCGGGUCUCCCCCUCUCAUCUGCAGUUUCAGGUUUCUCUCCAACCUGGUGAGAGAAGUGUGGGAGACCUGGAUGGAGUUCCGGCCUCCUGAGAGGCUCUGGCUAUUGUGGCCAUUUGGGGAGUGAACCAACACAUGAAAGAUCACUCUUUGUCUCUCCCCUUUUGUCAUUCUGCCUUUCAAAUUCUAACAAAUUUUUUAAAAAUUUAAAAGUAAAGCUUGGUGUCUCAACAUAAAACAAAUCCACCGAUCAAGUCUCCCGAACAUCCAAAAGCUUGUGACACAGAAUAACAGGUCAAGGACAUUCCCAGACACAUCUGGGGACUGCGUAAGAUGAUGCAACUUUCAGAAAAACCAUCUGGCAGUAGCAAAGAGCCUACAAAAAGUCCCCACUCGCAAAUCACUCAGGACGUGGAGCAAACAAACGGUCCCAGGGUGGAUUUACCUCGGCACCUCCGCGUCCAGCCAGGAGAGGGCGCCGCGGAGCAGCCUCAGGUGCGCGGGCUGCGGAGCCGCUGGGGACCGCGAAGCUGGUUAGGAGCAGAGCUGUGCUGGUUGAUGUGACGUUCAGUGCCGGGCACCUGCCACACUGUAAGAUCUGCGCCUUUUCCGUGUUUCGGCGGACACAGUCACGUCCCUUCCACCCCAGAAAGGGUAUUUGCAUCACCGGCAAAGUUCCUGUGAUUUCUUGGCAAGAUGGUGGAUGAUUUUUGCUUCAGCUUUGUGAAAUAUCUGAAAUGGCUCCAACAGUACUGACUUCACCAAAUUGAGGUGUUUGUUUUCCUCUGGGGCCUGGACUGUCCCCCAUCCCAGCCACCUCCCAUCCCCCAGCUCAAAACAAAGGGGCACUUUGCUCACAUUGAACCUUAGACAAAAACCUUGAGGAUCCAAGUGGAAUAGUUUCAGGGCUGCCUGGUAACAGGCACACAGACAGGCCUGAUCUCCAACCCCCACCCCCACCCCAGGCACGGGGAGCUGAGGCAGACGGGUCCUCUGGCGGCUGCACUGUGGAAAGCCCUGCCCACGACUGGCCCAGCAAAGUCAGUGUUCAGAGGAUUCCAUGCAGGAAAGCAGCUCCUGCACAAUGGGGAUGCGGUAGGGGUGGGUG